UUUCUCCCACAUAUUACAAAAAUUGAGCACCUCCAGUUGCAGAAUUUACCAAAGCCUCAAGUAAAGGAACAAACGAGACCAGUAAAUUUCAAGCUUCACACUGAGGAGAGAGCGACUAGGAGAGCUGGAUUCAACGAUCUCGUUGCAAGCAAGAUCUAUUCGCUUGAAAUACUUAAAAGAUUUGAAGAGAAGAUUCAGAAGGUUAUAGAAGAAGAGGAGAUCAAGAUAUUGAGGAAAGAAAUGGUCCCAAAAGCCCAAUUGAUGCCUUUCUUUGACAAACCAUUUUCGCCACAGAGGUCAAGAAGACCUCUUACAGUUCCAAGGGAACCCAGUUUUCUACACAGAGAGAGUUGCAGUGGAGACGAAGGAUUCAAAUAUUAUCAACAGCAUUUUGGGCAACACAUGAAAGCAAUUAGAUAAUCCAUGGGGCUUCAGAAGUACUUGACUAGUUUUAAGUAGGAUAAGUGAAUGAACAUCCGCUGCUUUCGAUUGCUGGAGUUAUGCCAAAUUUUGCAGUUUGUUUCAUUAUAAAGACAUUUGGCUAGUGAUAUAUCUUAAUUUAGGCACAAGUUUCUUGUGUGUUUCUCAGUGGCUAAAAUAUCACAUAGAGCAUGAUAUAAAGAGAUUUUCAAUAACAUUGAAAUUUGUA